AUGGCUCCUUAUGAGGCACUUUAUGGAAGGAGGUGUAGAUCCCCCAUCCAUUGGGAAGAGGUGGGAGAGAGGGCAGAGGUGGGUCCAGAAAUCGUGAGGCAUACAGCAGACCUAGUAGCCAAGAUUAGGGAGAGAAUGAAGACUGCUCAAAGUCGGCGAAAGAGCUAUGCUGAUAAGAGUAGAAGAGACUUGGAAUUUGCAGUGGGUGAUCACGUUUUUGUGAAAGUAGCACCGAUGAAAGGUGUUAUGAGAUUUGGCAAGAGAGGUAAGAUCAGCCCGAGGUUCAUUGGACCCUUCGAGAUCCUAGACAGGGUGGGAACAUUGGCAUAUCGGGUGGCCUUGCCACCUAAUCUUACAAGAAUGCAUAAUGUGUUCCAUGUCUCAAUACUGCGCAAGUACAUGUCGAAUCCCUCCCAUGUGCUGAAUUUUGAACCGCUGCAGCUUACCCAUGAUCUGUCCUAUGACGAGAGACCCAUACAGAUACUGGGCCGACAAGAGAGGAAGCUACGGAACCAGACGGUCAGGAUAGUCAAGGUCAAAUGGUUGAACCACCGCUGA